GGGGUGACCCUCCUAUCUUCUUCGAUUGCUUCGAUGAGAGGCAGGUCAUUCCAGCGGUUUUACACCAGAAGAAGUCUUCGAUCUACUAUGGAGAUCAUUGGCUUUUGGAUCUACCCCCCACGAUAACAGAUAGACCACAAAUCAGCCAUGAAUGCAUCGCAUAUAUUGACGCUGGAGAGGUUGCUAUCAUUGAUUUAUCUCUAUUAAUCAACGAUUUGUUUAUCAAGAGAAUAGAAAUCUGGAGAACCAAUUGGUUAAUGGCCUUGGAAGCUUUUAAGGACUUUAACGCCCCUUCAACCAUGGAUGAUUACAUUAUUUUGAAUUUUGAGGCUUACAAUUCUAUCCUUAAACCAGAGGUACAUCUGGGAUACAUCAAAUCUCUCUUGCCUGUCCAAAUUAACAACUCACUGGAAGAUGCAUUGACGAUAAUUGAGAGUGGUGAUCAAGGGUUACCUCUUCGAGAGAGAGUUACAAGUAUUCGUAAUGAUAGAAGGUUAAUGGCAAAAUUAAAAGCCAACUGGAUAAGGGACAUUAAGCCCGUUCCGACUGCAAGUAUUCUGGCGUCAGACGGAGACGAAGAAUCUGAAUUCAACACUGAGGAAGCGAUCGAUAGACUACCAAAAGCUGAUCCCAGAUGGCUAGGUGACGAACCAGAGGAUUACGGGACUCUCACGUACCGGGGAAAACGUCCAGAUCUCUACACUCACAUAGAAUCGAGUGACGAAGAUGAUUAUAAUGUGUCGCCUAGCCGAAUCAGAUCCCCCUCCCGCGAUCGAGACGCUAAACAUCGUGCCAAGACGCAAAAAGAGGAUGCACAACCCGACAAAUUUUCGCGCCUCAGACUCCCCCCUGACCUCAGAAAUUCAACGAGCAGUCUGAUGUCUUUGAGGCCUCGACUCGGCUCUUCAAACCGAGAAAAAGCGGUCUCUAGUGUGCCGGGUCCACUACCGACGAUUUUGCCUCCAUCCUCUCGAAGCUUUAAGGGUUUUUGGAUGGAUACUAUCGCGGAUCAAGGCAUCAGGUUGGCUGGUGACUUUGGGGAAUCAGGAAAGAGGACUAGAUCCAUGCCGGACAAACCAAAGAAAGCAGACCUGACACCAUCUUCGAGUGACAAACCCGCUAGAUCCGUUCCCGAUGAUAUCAAGGGAAAGGGAGUAGCACAUGGAUAUGAACUCGAUAGGGGUGCCAGAUAUCCGUUGGAUGAGGACCCCUGGACGGACGACGAACUUGAACUUUCACCAACCGCACAAUUCUUCAAAAUCCACGAAGAUUUAUGA